GGUAAGUACAACUACUUUAUUUUUGCGCUAGGUUCUUUACGAUCCAUCUCGUCGAAGGAACAGAAAGGUUCGUGUUUCACGCUUCCCAGAGCUACAAGAACCCUGUCGUCGCAGUCAGCCUGUUUUCACUUUGGCAUCCUUAAUGAUAAAAAUGCGAUGCCGUAUCUCAGGCGCCUUAAUCCUCUUGUCUUGUUCGGAGGCAGUUGCUGUUCGGAGGUUGCUUCUUCGUGCGGAUUCUCCCGCUCCUGAUUCAAGACGGAACGCCAUGGUUCGUGCCGAACCCGAGGAUGCUUCGGGGUCGGUUUCUGGGGAAGGCGAAAGCGCCGCCGCGUCGUCGACGUCGAGUGCCAGCCGAUUGCCCGAAGCCCGCGCUGAACCCGCCUGCUGUGCGGCCGUCGACGCAGAACACACAAUAUUACCUGCACGCGAUUCGGAGCAUGUUCUUGACACUGCGGUCGUGCAAGCUGAGCGUAGACAGCACACCGGGGAACAUACCAGGAAGCACUCCCCGAGCAGAGCACCCCAGGACAGGAUGAUGCUGAUGAUCAACGGACUUCCGGGGCAAAUGGCCGCAGGCGUUGCGCGGGUUGCGUUGGACCGGGGGUAUGCUGUGGCCCCGACCUCCCUGACCGGCUCUCGAAAGAAGGAGACUAGUUUCAGUGUGAUAGACGAGCGGACGGGCAGUGCCAAACUCCAGGUCGAGCUUUACGCUGCGGACCAGCACGAGUCCGGUAUGGCGAGAGCGAAGAUGUCAGCUAGCCGGGAAGGCAAAAGACUCGUCGUGAUCGACUUCACGGCACCGACCGCGGUGCGCGCAAAUGCGAAGCUGUACGCGAACCAUCUGGCUUCCUUCGUGCUUGGCACGACGGGGUUCGACGACGCGCCGGGUACUGUACUGGGACCGUCGUCUACAGGAAAAAUGACUGCGAGGGAGGCCUUUUUGGAGGAGCUGAGGACGUCCUUGCUCCUCAGAGACCAAUAUGCGGUCAUCGCACCGAACAUGAAUAAGCAGAUAGUCGCCUUUCAAGCCAUGUUGUCACGCGCAGCCCAGGAGUUUCCCGGCUGCUUUGCGGGGUACGAGCUGUCUGUGCGAGAAUCGCAUCAGAAGACGAAAAAGGACACGUCUGGGACCGCGAAAGAGGUAGUUCGAGAUCUCAGACGACUCAUUUCCGGCGAUCAAAGUCACAAAGAAUCCGAAAAAGAGAAAACGCAUGCGCAGAUACUGGGUGCGGACGUCGAGAACAUCGAAAAAAUUCGAGAUGAUCAGCGUGCCCGGGAGGAAAUGCAAGUGCCAGAAAGGUGCUGCUGCGACGUUUAGAAGCUUUUGACCGCCAGUCGUUUUUUAUUCUGGUUGGAUCAUGCUCUGCCACUGAUGUAGAGAAGUGUUGUUCUACGCAGUAGCAUUAUCGCCAUAUUAGAGUUGGUUCUUGUCUCUACUUAAGUACAUUUCAACAUUUCAAUUCCAAACAGCGCAUUGUGUGGCCACGCGUUCCAUACCUACCAGCUGACAAAGAAGAGCAUUGCCUGCGACAAGGUGGCAGACGUCGUCUUCGAAUUCAAGCACAACGUUUGCGGACGUCAAAGCUACUGUAUAUUGCUUUUUGCACACUUCAUCGCUGUCACGGGAUCCACGAUGCGAUAAUGUCAGACGAUAUCAUCAAUCUACUUUAUGCCUUUUUCUUUGAAUCCGCAGGUGAAGGCGCGGUGGACGCUGCGGAGUGGCUAUUGGCGAAAAUUGAAGAGAAGCCAGAGAAGCGCAUCUUUGACAUGGUUGAUGUUUUACGCGGAUCGGAGGCCGGUAGUGGAACAGGAUCGUGAACAAAUAGGUAGCUUAAUGGGCAUGUGCUCCUGCCCGGAUUGGCGUCCACACUGGCAUUUGGUAGUCGCGUGCCCGUGGUGCAUAGCGUUGCGUCGUUCCCUGCCCCGGUCUAGUGAGCCACA